AUGGGCGACGACAGGGAGCGCGGAUCAGGCGCAUCCUCCAGCCGCCACUCUUCCUCACGGCGAGAGAAGGAGAGGGAAGAUCGUCAUCGACACCAUCACCGCGACUCAAAGCAUAGACACGAUGACGACAGAAAGCACAGCAGUCGAAGCGAUAGCAACAGGAAGGAAAGGGCGAAGGGCGAUGACGGGCACAGACACAGGCACCACCAUAGCUCGCAUCGUAGUAGCCAUUGCGGCAGAGAAGGGGAGGAAGAUCGUAACGACCGCAAAAAGAGGCGUAGGGAAGACGAUGAGCGACGCCACGAUUCUCGAAGCCACCAUAAAAGCCAUCGCAACGAAGCAUCUCCCAGCAGCGACCCGAAACAACCAGCUUCCGACUUCGUCCCCACCUCUGCUUCUCUCGAUCUCACUUCCCAUGCUACCACUUCCACCGACACAUCUGGUCUGAAACGAGACGAUUGGAUGCUAUCCCACCCCGAUAAAAACUCGGACGAUGCUUCAUACUUCUCCACUCUCGGUCAAGCCCGCGUGAAGCAACCAAGACCGGAAAAAUCUGAUCGGGAAAAGCUGAAGAUCAGUUCACGCGAACUCAACACUCAACUCGUCCAAGGGAAGACCGUUGACGAGUAUACCACACCGAACGCUGACGAGGGAAAGAAGCAAUAUGGGGGUCCAGGGUAUCAGUGGCGAAUGAUGAAGUUGAAGCGUACGCUAGAGGCGGCGGAAGUGGAGGGAAGGGACUUGGAGGAGGUUGCAUUGGAGAGGUUUGCAACGAUGGAUGAUUUUGAGGAUGCGUUGGAGGAGAGGAGGGUUUUGGAUGGGCAGGCGAAAGGAAAGAAGAGGGAGGAGGAGGGAGGGAGGAGUACGCCAACGUUACAAAGCGUUGCUAGGAGAAGUUAUAUGCUUGCUAGUGGCGGUUCAGGGGAGAGGACUAGUGGGACGGAUGAUUCGGAGCCUAGCUCAAGACCGGGUAGUAGACAAGGGUUUAAACGACCAGGAGAGUCGAGUGGAGCAACAACACCUCGUCCACCUCGCAAUAUUGGGUUUGAGACUCCGAGUGCCGCCAAGCCCACUACUCCUUCUGCUAUUCCGUCGGUGUUUACGCCAUUCAUUGAACGACCGGAUGCAACUCAAGCUGGAGUCGUGCUUGAUGAUGGUUCUUCCGAUCCCGAUCGACCUAUUCUUACCCCGGACCAGCUGAACAAACUGCAAGCUAACAUCCUCAAAGCCGAACUCAUGGGAGACGAUCCACAACACUCCGCCCUCAAAGAGGAGUACGAGCGAGAAUCUGGACGGGCAAAAGCACACACUACUGCUGCUGGAGAUAAAGGUGGUGCGUUCGCCCCCUCCUCCCAUACCUAUAGGAGGGGUGGGAAGAGUGGUGCAGGGGUGCUGGUUGAGGAUGGGACGAGAGAGUUGCAGGUGCUUCCCACACUUGACGCUAGGGGGAGGAUGUACGAUAUUGGUGCGCUGGAUUCCUCUUCCACUGACCCCGCUGCAGGUGUUGAUGGGGGGAGCAGGAAGAAGUUAAAUGGUCGAGAUACAUUCGAAGCGCGCGAUCCUCGCACAGGUCACUUCAUCCGAUAUUCUGCAGACGACGACACUACCACCCUGUCUGACUUGGUUCGACAGGAAAAGUUCUCUGCUGGUCCAUCCGCGCAGAAGAACCCAGAUGCAGAACUAGCAGCAAACAUCAUGACCGACGCCAGCUUCUCCUCUAACCUAGAAGAUCAGGACGACGAAGCUCAUCGAUAUGCAAAAAAGAAAAUGCGCAGUGAUGCGCUGAAACGGCAAUUUGCGAUCAACGAUUUUGCUCGCACCCAAAAAGCCCUGGACAGAUGCAGAUUUUGUUGGCAGGAUGAAGGUAGCAAACCUCCCCGCGCCGUUGUCGUUUCUAGUGGGUAUCGUGCCUACCUAGCCAUACCAGACACUGAAGGGGUAGUAGAAGGAGAAAUGGGAGAAAACCUCCUCAUCGUCCCCAUGCAGCACCACCUCAGUCUGUUAGAAGCCGACGAGGAAACAUGGGACGAGAUCAAGAAUUUUCAAAAAUGCUUGAUGCAGUUAGCUGCGAGUAAAAGUCAAAAAGUCAUAUUCUAUGAAACGAUUACAUCGCUAAAGCCGCAGUUACACAGCUACAUCGAAGCAGUACUACUUCCUGCAGCAGCGAUGGAUUUUUUACCGGGAGUGUUGAAAGAAUCGCUACGGAGUGUGGGAGGGGAGUUCAGCACGCAUAGGAAGGUGAUCGAUUUUACGGUGGAGAGACCGUUUAGGAAUGCGCUAGUGCCGAAUUUGCCGUAUUUUGCGGUAAGUUGGGAUUAUCGUUGGUCAACUGGAUAUGGGCAUGUGAUUGAGGAUAUGGAUAGCGAGCAGGGUCGUGGAGGGUCAGGAGGGGGGAGGGGGAAAGAUAGGGGAGGUGACGAUGCGUAUGAUGUUGGAGAGAUGGCUGCUGGUCCAGGUAGUGGAGUAGGGGGUAAGUUUGAUGCGAAUUUUGCAAGAGAUGUGAUUAGGGCGGUGUUGGAGGAUUUAGAUGCGGAAGGUGAGGAUGGAGGUGGGUAUGUCAGAGGGUUUGGAAGGUCAAAGAGGAGAAGUGAAGAGGAGAAGGGGAGAGUUAGGGAGAGUUUUAGGAAGGAGUGGGACAAGUAUGAUUGGACCAAGAUGUUGCAGACUCAGUAG